AUGGAACCCAGCGCGACGAAGACCAGCAUCAUGAUCAAGGAAGCGAGUUCCGGUGCUGACGAGACCUCGGUGUCGGCAGUACCCACCCCAGGCUAUGGCUAUAUGGGUCAAGCCAGCUACGGGGCUAACGUCGUCCCAUGGAGCUUGCCCGACGCACCGUACACAGCUUCUUCGUUCUUUGAGGAACCAUCCUGCGACUUCUUUUCCUUGUCGAGGACUCCAUUUACUCCAUUUGUGGGUGGAAAUUGGCACUUGUCCAACAAUCUCAGCCCCGAAGUCUCUUUACCAACACCACUCAGCUCAGUAGGUUCCAGAGCGGGUGUAUGGAGGGGCGAACCCGGGGGCGAGUAUUGCGAGCAUGAGCUCUUCUCCCCAGUGAGCGAACUAGCCACCAUCGAUAUGGCAGAUUCUGUGACACACACCAAGAGGUCUGAGGAGUCGUCCACGUCGGCCAAGCAUCAGCCCAACGACAAGAUCAAGGCCACCAGUAGAUCAAAGGGUCGUGGCAAGCACAAUAUUCAGCUGCGUACCGCCUCCCGCAAGGCUCGAAAAGGAAGUUUGGCGCCAGCAACACCUCUAUCUCCAGCUGAAAGCGUUCACAAUCCCGGUUCAGCCAGUGAUGAUGAUGACCUCACCCUUGAAGAACGCCGUGCCAGACGCAAUCAUAACCUUGUCGAGAAACAGUACCGCAACAGGCUGAACGCCCAGUUCGAACGCCUCUUGGCCGUCCUUCCUCUCGAGCAAUACAAGGGGGGUCACCUGGGUCAGGGAGAAGGCUGUGAUGGAUUCGCAACCGAUGAGAAGAGAAUGAGCAAGGCCGAGGUGUUGGAUUUGGCAACCAGACGUAUCAAGGCACUUGAGAUGGAGAAGGAGCGCUUGAACAGAGAAAGAAAAGAGCUGCUAAGGAACAUGGACAUCAUGGCUGGAGCCGUUGCUCAGGCAGCCAAUCAAGGACUUUGA